AUGACAGAGCACGAAAAUAUCGACCUGUUCUUGAACCUCGGUCUUCAUGACGUGGUGUACAAACUAUGUUCACCUGCAGUAUUUCUGGAUCGCAUGCGCAAGCUGUUUUCUACGUUGUCCAGGAUGCCUAAUCUCAAAGUUACUUGGUUAGCGAUAUACCCACUUUUGCCUCCACAGCCAGAUAAGGUCGCAAAAUUCCCGAAUUUCGAGGAACUGAAUACCAUCUUGCGCUCAGUAACGAACCAAACAAACCAAGCAGCAUUAGCGUAUAAUAUCCAUGUUUUUGAUAUUGCAGAGAAGCUAACAACUUGGAAGGCAAAUUAUAGUGCAGAUACUGUGCAUCUGAAGGAAGAUGUCGAUGACUAUCUUUUCAUGGAGCUUGCGAACAAUAGCAUCGAAACAAUAUCGAUGGAUCCUCUUUCUCUGUCGAAGCUACCGGGGUUGAGCGAUGAUCUCUCGUGCGGUAACCAAAAUUAUACCUUGCCCGGUGCUAAUCAGUCAAUAUCAAUUGUGUUUAUGGGCGGCUCUGUCACGAGUGAUGGCAAAUAUAUCAGAGGGUUCAAAUCGUUUGCGGAGAAAAACUUUCAAUGGAUAACGUCAAUUAUAAACCUAGGAGAGGCUGGGACAGGGAGUUUGUAUCAUUCCCUGUGUUGGAAACAAACUUCCCAUGGUUUUGGUCGAGAUUUAGCCUCAGCUCGAUUUGUCAUUGUAGAGUUUUGUGCCAAUGACUUCGACCUUCACGCGACUUCUCUGCGACGCCUCUUGCUUGAGUUGCUCACCACACCGAGCAAUCCUACCGUACUCUACUACUGUCAUUUGAGCCCCAAAUCACGAAUGAAUUCAUUAGGGAAGGGAGGUUUAACCGUGCAAGAUAGGCACUGGGAACUCGCAAAAAAACUGGGUGUGAUUGCAAUUCGAGACAAGCUCAUGAUCGACAUGCUCUUGAAACGCGAUGAAAGUUUUUUUUUCCGAGACGCCGUACACCUCAAUGACCGUGGCGGUUCGCGUGUCGGUGGCAGGCUUGCUGAAGCAUUGAAAAUUUGUGCAUCAAAAGGCCAUACUGUUCGCCAAGAAAAUUUCCCGCCUGCAAAACUGGAGAAUAUCGUUGCCACGAGGGCCAGGUGCUUCACUUCUCUUGGACCCCCAGAAUCAAGAAAUAUCCAUGCCUUAGUGAAUGGUUGGGAAUUCGUCCAAACCAAGCAUAUUUCAGCACCAAACGGGAAAAACGGGUAUGAAACUACCACGCCUGGUGCAUGUCUUCACAUCACACUCAACAUUUCCUGCCCUCCUGUGGUCACAUUAUUUCACCUUGCAUCUUCAUCACCUGACAUGGGUGAUGCAACUGUUUCGAUGAAUGAUUGUGUUGGGUACUCGCAACUUGUAGGUGGUCGCCUUCCGGGUGCAACCAUAACACGGGGGCGAAAACUGUCAUUGCCACAGAAUUGCUGCUCAACAUAUAAAAACCGUACCAUAAGCCUGUGCACUGAGCAUCGCCAUGGCAAAAAUUCGACUCGAUUCCGCAUGAUAGCCAUUGCAACAGAGUGAGUAUUUGGAGGCUACCGUCAUUUAUGAUCAUCACGCGCCCGCCAAUCAACUUCAAAGUCGACACUGUAAGCUCG